UUCCAUCUGUUCAGCGUUCAGCUCUUAUCGGUCCUAAGAUGUCUUACUAUUUUCAUGGGCAAACAGCGAAAAACAGUAUAAAAAGUUUUUCUAGGGAUUCUUCUACUUCUGAUUGUAGCAAUGAUCACAAAAUCGAAUCCUCGUACCUUGUCAUCUCGUCUUCUCCUUGCAAGAGGGGUUCGUUCUCUGCCUCUCAGAUGCCCGUUUCGUCUUUUUCCUCUCACAGCGAUGAUGCAGAUCACCCAAACAAGGUUUUUGUGGAUGAUGAUGAAACCCUUUUUGGAGCCGUUCCUUCUCCCACUGAGAUUCAAACUGCUCUAACUUCACUUAAACAGGUCUUUGGGUCUUGUUCACCUGUCCAGCAUGUUAGGAACACCUAUCAUUACCAAUUGGACAGGGAAGUAGAUAAUGUCAAAGAUACUCCUUUGGUUGAUCAAGUAGAUUCAGAUCUGUCUGAAGCAGACUGGAAAGAACCUUCUCUCUGUUCAUAUAAUUCAAGCAUGUUACAAGCUGAUGUUUUUGAUAGAGCUUCUUUUGCAGUUCAUUUAUUGCAGACUGAUGCAUGUGUGGAGAGGAUGGUAAGAUCAUUAUCAUCAGAUAAAUCUGUUUGGGAUGCUGUACAGAAAAACCAAGCCGUACAGGAAUUAAGGAACGCCCUAAAUGCAGAAAGAGAUGAGAGCUCGGAUGUAACAGUGGACAAUGACUCCCCUGACACAAAAAAUGUCAUACUGCGGAUGUCUGAUGCUGUAGUAGCCAAACUCAUGGAAGCAAUUGAGAAUAUCACCGAGAUUGUGAAGAAGUUGUUUCAAACUGCACGUCACAAGAGAGCAGCAUAUGCAGGAAAAUCUAAUUCGUUCAAAAUGAAACUGAGAGUUUCUUUCAUGCUUUCCAUAAUGAUCUUCCUAUUUGUGGUGGUGGGUCGUUUCUAUUAAUCUAAUUCAUUCAAUGAGAAGCUAAUCCACGGGAUAGUUCAACUAAGUGGUGACAGUUCUCAAUGAUUCUUUGGAACUAUUUCUUGUGGGUAAAACUUUGGGAUUGGGAUGUUUACCUAUUUUUCCCUUUUUGCUUCUUCCCAAACAAAAAAGAAGAGAUUUUGCUUCCUUUUGGACCAAACAAGGAGUAAAAGCUAUCAUUUGUAUACUUGAAUUUGACUUGGUCUUUACAAUCUAUAUGCGAAUUUGAUCUUAA